GGGAUGGCAGGAGCCGAGGAGCAGCUUCACCAUGGAAUACGAAGCCAAGAAAGGGAAGAAGGGCUUUGUGUCCCCCAUCCGAAGGCUGGUGUUCCCCAAGGCUGCGCGCCAGGCUGCCUUCAGAAACAAUGUCAGUCGCAGGCCCCUGCACUCUAUGCCUCUUUAUCCUCCAGACUACCUCAUUGACCCCCACAUCCUGCUGUGUGAUUACCUGGAGAAAGAGGUCAAGUUUCUGGGUCACCUCACCUGGGUGACUUCCUCACUGAACCCCUCCAGCCGAGAUGAGCUCCUGCAGCUGCUGGACACCGCCAGGCAGCUGAAGGAGUUGCCUCUGAAGACCACACCGGAGCAGGACAGCAUCCUGAGCCUGUCUGCACGCUGCCUGCUGCUCACCUGGCGCGACAACGAGGAGCUCAUCCUGCGCAUCCCCACGCACGAGAUUGCUGCUGCCUCCUACCUGCAGGACGAUGCUCUGCAUCUGCUAGUGCUUAAGACCGGUCUGGGCGUGGACCCGGUGCCGGCAGGCAUGGACGGCAGCCCCGGAGGUUCAACGGGUCGGGAUUCCGGCCCUCCAGGCGCCGUGCCCGAGAAACGACGGGUGGGCACAGCCGAGCGACGCCACACCAUCUGCAGCCUGGACUGGCGCGUGGCGUGGGGCGGGGGCGCGGGCGCCGAGGCCCGGGCGGCAGGAGGCGGCGGCAGCCUGGAGCGGCAGCGCGCGGGAGUGAGGGCGUCGGGUAGCUGGGAGCGGCGACAGACGUUCAGCGGCAGCUGGGAGCGGCGGCACGCGGGCGGCGGCGCGGGCAAGCCGGGUGGCAGCUGGGAGCGGCGGCAGGCGAGUGGCGGCGUCGGCGGCAGCUGGGAGCGACGCCACCCCGGCCCCAACCCACUGGACCCCCAGAACCACAGCCCCGACGCCUACUGCAACCUGGUCAUCCUGGCUGUGGCAAACAGGGAUGCUGCUGAGGAGUCCUGUGCGCUCAUCUGUCAAGUCUUCCAGAUCAUCUACGGGGACCAGAGCAUCGAGUGUGUAGACCGGGCUGGCUACCACUACAGAUCCACACCAAAGCGGCCGUGGCUCUCCAGCUGCAGUGAGAGCUGCCACACAGAUGGGACGUUUGCCUACGAUGCCGACCUGAGCUGCUGCAGCUCCUUCAAUGGCUCCCAGGACACAUUUGAAGCGUCCUACAGUGGUGCAUCCACGCCAUCUUUCCACGGCUCCCGCUGCAGCAGUAUCGACCACAGCAGCUGGGCCUUCGAGCAGCUACAGGAUUACAUGGUCACGCUGCGGAGUAAGUUGGGUCCUCCUGAGAUCCAGCAGUUUGCGUUACUGCUACGAGACUAUCGCCUGGGGCUGCCUAUCCAGGACUACUGUGCAGGCCUCCAGAAACUCUAUGGGGACCGUCGGAAGUUCCUUCUCAUUGGGAUGCGGCCCUUCAUCCCAGAUCAGGACAUCGGCUACUUCGAGGGCUUCCUGGAGAGUAUGGGUAUCCGCGAGGGCGGAAUCCUCACCGACAGCUUCGGCCGCAUCAAACGCAGCAUGAGCUCCACGUCUGCCUCUGCCGUGCGCAGUUACGACGGGGCGGCCCAGAGGCCCGAGGUGCAGACCUUCCACCAGCUGCUGGCCGAUAUCACGCAUGACAUCGAGGCACUGGCCCCCGACGACGACGACGUCUACGAAGAUGUCUCCCCAAGCGGGGGCGACCAGGUUGAAGACAACUACCUGUAGCUCCGCGGCACACUUGCCCAUAUGACACCAUCCCCAAGGUGCCUAGGCUCCUGGGUUCCCAUCUGUGCCUUCUUUCACUGCAAGUGGGUUCGCAGGGCUUCAGUCCCUGCAAUACCGAGAAAAUCCUGCAGAGGGCGGGAGAGCCAGACUCUAGAGUGUUCUUCAAGUUAAAGAAUCGCUCCACCUACUGGCCGACAGAAAAGAUUUCCAAUUCACGCCCCACUUUCUGCAACCCUGCCCAACCCCAAACCAGAAACAUUUCCAGAACCCAGAGACUUCUCUCUUUGGGGGGAUUUGUUUGUUUGUUUUUAAGGGAAUGGAUAUGAGGGAUCGCCAGGUCCUUGGAUAUCGAUACCAAUUUCCACAUCUCUAUGAUAAUUUCAGCUCCGCCCUUCCUCACAGGUGGUCAUCGGGAAGAAUGGAGGGCAAGACCUUAGCGUUGGACCUAGCAUGUUGUAAAUGCUCAAUAAAUACUGUUUCUCUCCGC